AUGGCCCUCGAUUAUCACAAAUUCAUGCACUUUUUAUCCUUGGAUCAAGAUUUUAUCUUCAUCUUAGAAAGUGCCACACACUUUUCAGCUACCAACUUUUACUUUGAAAUAUUACAGGGAAAUUCUGCUAAUAUUGCUGUGGGAUCCCAUGUUUGGGUUGAAGACCCAACUUUAGCUUGGAUAGAUGGUCAAGUUACACUGAUUAAUGGUGAAGAGGCUGAAAUUCAUACAAGCAAUGGGAAGAAGGUACAUUUUCAAUUUUUGGUCAUGGUUCUUAUAAUCACCAGUCUUCAUCAUCUGUUCUUUCUUAGGGAUCUCUCACUUUUUCCCAUUAUCAUAUACCUUAUUCAGAAUGUAUAUCCUGUCUGAAUAUGUUACCCGAAAGGCACCCUCUAAUUUUUUAUUCACUAGUGUGGUCAUUUCUUAUCUCCAUUAAAGAUUUUUGAUACGAGAUGUUCUCUCACUUUAGAAAUUGGUGGAUACAAUUAAUGUCUAUAGCGCUCUCUAUUAUAGUCCUUUAUGCCACGUUGUCUAACAUAUUUUAGCAAACUCCAACAUAUUGAAGGAGAGAGAGGCUGACACGAAAAUAACGAUAUGUAGGAAAACGUUUGAUAUGAUGAUGGUUUGCAUGCUAGGGUUUACCAGAGUAUUAAUUAACGGAAACAACUUGAGGGAUCGCAUGUUGUAGAUAAAACAUGAAAUUUGUUACCCCCACGAAUGAUGUUGAAUUAAAUCCCUUCACUUCCUUGUCAUUGCUGUGUUCUGAUGAGUGUCAUCGUAUCUAUCACUAAUCUACAGAUGAGUAGUUGAUGCUUUCAGGUUUGUACAAUGUCAAAUAGGAACAACUAUUUUUGACGCCUUAAUCAUGAACUAGAAUCAUUCAGUUCUCGCAUUGUGGCUUAUGUUUUCCCGCCCUUGGUGAAUGCUCUUUUUUUUCAUUAGACAUGUAUGAUCAGUUUACAUUUGUAGAAGCUGUUCUUACUUUCAAUGAUGAUAGUGAUAUUGCUUGAGAGUUUAGCACAUGAAAAGGAGAUUCCUAUCAUAUCUACUUAUUACCAUUGUUGUUUAUAUUAUAUUUAAAUUAUUUUUUUCACCAUAUCAGUGACAGUAUUUUCGAUAUUCUAGGUUAUUUUACAUUUAUCAAAAGUAUUCCCGAAGGAUAUGGAAGCUCCACCUGGUGGAGUCGAUGACAUGACAAAGCUUUCAUAUUUGCAUGAACCUGGCGUUUUGCAGAAUUUGUCAACAAGAUAUGAACUCAACGAAAUUUAUGUAGGCUAUUUUAUCUUCCCUUUUGUUUUAUUUAUUUACAACUUUCGAAAAAUGCUUGCUGUGUUGAAUCUUUAGUUGAUUUUAAUUCUAUUAACAUUGCUACUCCUAAAUUUGUGACAGACUUAUACAGGAAACAUUCUUAUUGCUGUAAAUCCAUUUCAAAGAUUGCCUCAUCUCUAUGAUUCUCACAUGAUGGCACAAUAUAAAGGAGCAUGUCUUGGGGAGCUUAGCCCUCAUGUUUUUGCUGUCGCAGAUGUUGCUUACAGGUGAUGAUCCUGCUUUUCCUCUUGGUUUAAUUGCAUAAAGUACAUUCAUUCUGAAUGGAAAUGUUAAAGCACCAAUGCAGUUGAAUGCACACAUUUCUAUUCAAAACUUUGAAGAUGUCCCCCUAUCAUAACUAGCAUGUUGAGAAUAAAAGUCGCAUCGAUUAGAGUUUGAAUUUUUUUUCCAAAUGGAAUGGUUCUCAUUGUCAUUCAAUUGACCCUUCCUGAUUUGGUUUCAAGGAGAUCUAUUGUCCUCCUUUAAAAUUGGGAAAAUAUUAUUGAGGAUUGCCUGAUCCCACUUGUCUGAAGGCCGGGCUAUACUGUGGGAAUGAAUGUUGGUCAGGGAUAUAUAACAAUGAGGAAAUGAAAAAGAGAUGAAGAACAGGAAAGAUGCAGAGGAAGAAGAAAGAAGAGAAGCAUGUCUCUGUCUCCCGCCUUGCUGUCUCAUUUUCUUUCUCCACCUCUGACUCCACUGCUCUAUUGAUUAUUUUUUCUUCCUUUUGCGUUUGCAAAGCUUGUCUGGUAGAAAAGAUAUAGGAUUCUUAUAAAGGAUUUUUCUGCAUAAAAUUUUAAAUCGCAUAUUUUCCUACCUUUUACUAACAAAAUUACCAAUGUUUUAUAAAAAUAAGUUUUUUUUCUCCUGUUAAUGUUUUUGCUAAUGUGGUGCUGUUUUUUAGGGCUGAUCUCAGUGUAUGUGAGUACCUCAUUGUGUCCUGUUGUCGUUUGAUGAAUGUUUUUUUUUUUUGCGAACAUACCUAAUUUUGGGGUAUUAUUUUCUUCCCUUUUAUCCCUUCGUUGCUAACUAAUUUAGUUAUACUUUAAUGUCAUUCAAUGACACAUCUGUCUGCCUUUCGUGUAGUAUUUUGCCGUUGAUGUCCUGAGAAGAGAAUCUAUCUGAUGAUCCCGUUUUCUAUUGUUGCAUGCUCUAUAUUCUUUAUGAGCAUCAGAUUUAUAGUAUUUUUCGCUGUCUCAGGGCAAUGAUCAAUGAGGGGAAAAGCAAUUCAAUCCUUGUAAGUGGUGAAAGUGGUGCCGGUAAAACUGAAACUACAAAGAUGCUCAUGCGUUAUCUUGCCUACUUGGGUGGGCGAGUGGCAACAGAAGGACGGACGGUAGAACAACAAGUUCUGGAAGUAAUAUGCUUGUUUUGACUUUUGGGAUUCAGUUCUUCUCAGUGAUGCCCUUUUAUCUCUUUAGAAAUUCUAUGUUCUUCAUGCUUAACAGCUGUCUCAAGUGAAUGAUGUUUCUAUUUUUUUCUGUGGUUAAAUUUUGGGCAUAAACUAGGGAAUACUUUUUCGAAACGAGCUGGAGUUUCAUGCAAAGUUUCUCUUAUUCUCGUUUGCAGUCCAAUCCUGUUCUUGAGGCUUUUGGCAAUGCAAAGACUGUGAGAAAUAACAACUCGAGGUAACUUUUGCGUUGUCUGAUGGAGUGGUAUUAAGUAUUCAACCUUUUUCGUCUUUAUGGUUUGAGUAUCCUUUGUGAGCUACACAAUUAAUGAAUCAUAUCAGGGAUUUUUCCUGAUUUUCAAUCAUAAAAUGAACUCGUUUUGAAGACUUAGCCAUUUACAUUAAUAAUUAUAUUCCUCAUGCAGCCGCUUUGGGAAGUUUGUUGAGAUUCAAUUCGAUAAACAUGGGAGAAUUUCAGGAGCUGCUAUUAGAACAUACCUUCUAGAGCGUUCCCGUGUUUGCCAGAUUUCUGACCCUGAGCGUAACUACCAUUGUUUUUACCUUCUUUGUGCUGCACCACAGGAGGUAUUUGUCUAAUUGAACAAUUUCGCUAUUGACCUUAGUAUUUCAUAGGUUUAGACAGUAGUUUCGAUAGUAGUCUGAAGGUUCUUCAUAAAUUGAUUAAUGAUUUCAUCAGGAGAUCGAUAAGUAUAAGCUGGGAAGUCCUAGUUCAUUUCACUAUCUGAACCAAUCGAAUUGCUAUGAGCUAGUUGGUGUGAAUGAUGCUCAUGAAUAUCUUUCCACUAGAAGGGCGAUGGACAUUGUUGGGAUCAGUGCCCAAGAACAGGUAAUUUGAAAUAUUUUUCAAUGUUUUUCAAUGUACUUGCAACUUAUAGACACUGGAAGAUGAACUUUGUGGUCCCUGAUUAUUCUUUCAGGAUGCAAUUUUUCGAGUAGUUGCUGCAAUUCUUCAUCUUGGAAACAUUGAUUUCACCAAAGGGAAGGAAAUCGAUUCCUCCAUCCCAAAAGAUGAAAAAUCUACGUUCCAUCUCCAAAUGACAGCUGAACUUCUCAUGUACCUCUUGAUCACUCAUUACUUUGGAAUUAUAAACGAUAUUUUAUAUAAUUGUGUUAAUUUAUUUUUAGGCUUUAUUUUCUAUUAGGUGUGAACCAAAGGCCUUGGAAGAUGCCCUAUGCAAACGUGUGAUGGUAACUCCAGAAGAAGUUAUUCAGAGGACUCUGGAUCCUCUGAGUGCAGUUGUUAGUAGGGAUGGUUUGGCAAAAACUAUCUACUCCCGUCUAUUUGAUUGGUGAGAUGAUAUUAUAAUAAUUAUUUUACCUGGGAGUCUCUUAUGACUGUAUUUUUGGUGAGGGUUUGCUCCAAUUCCGAGAGAAAAUUAAUUUGGAAACAAAGGCACAUGACCGUUAAAUCUGCAGGAUUGUUGAUAAAAUUAAUGUGUCAAUUGGACAAGAUCCAACAUCUAGGUCGUUGAUUGGUGUCCUUGAUAUAUACGGAUUUGAAAGUUUCAAGCAUAACAGGUAAUACUUCAUCUGAGAAAAUUUACUUCCCUGUCCAAGCUUUUUCUUAUGCUGUCCAUAUUUGAUAACGUUUUAAUGCAUGCUCUCUACUCUAAAAAGUUUUGAGCAGUUCUGUAUUAAUUAUACAAAUGAGAAGUUGCAACAACAUUUUAAUCAGGUAUUUUUCGUCGUCCUAGAAGAAAUUUAAGCUUGAUUUCUUCCCUUUCAGUAGUAGUAAUAAGACAUUAUUUCAAUUGAUUUUCUGUGCUUCAGCAUGUUUUCAAGAUGGAACAAGAGGAGUACACGAAAGAAGCAAUUGACUGGAGCUACAUUGAAUUUGUUGAUAAUCAGGAUGUCUUGGAUCUCAUUGAGAAGGUGUUUGCUCUUUUAUUCAUGUCCCAUGAUUAAAGGUCAAGAGAUGACUCUUAUCUUACGUCCAGCAUUUCUAGCAUGUAAUUUAAAAUGCUCGUUACUAUUGUUUUCUGGAGAACCACUUUUGUUCUAAAGGGAAACAUGAACCGGCCAUUAGAUAUGAUUUUUGCAGUAUGUGCUACAUAGUGUUCUGUCAAUUACUAGGAGAUCGAGUGAGCUACUAGGAGAAACGUUUAGUCUUUGUGAAUUUUAAGCUGUUCAAAUUCUGAACAUAUUCUAUCAAUGGAUAAUGGUUCAUAACAUAUGUUUUACAUAGUGUACACAAAUGAAAACUCCUGAAUGAAAAUUUUCGGAUGGAUAAUCAUAACGUUGAGAAGGGUGUUAUGGCAACAUCCUCUGUUUGUGAAGAACAUACUUUUGAAAGCUAUUGAUUGGCGAAGCCAUUUGGUGAUCUCCUUAGGCUUCACCAGACUGCUUUCGAGGGGGAGCCAAUAGCAUUCCAAGGAUGGAGCGGAAAUGGUCUGUGUUAUCUUUGAAAGUCAAUGAAUUAUUUGGACUUCAACCGAUCGUCAGUUCAAAAUGGUCCCUCUAAUCUUCUUCUCUUCCCAUUCAAUCACUGUUGUUCCUCGUAAUGGGCUUUUCUGAAUUCUACACAACAGAUGUUGAAUUCAUAAUCAUUAAUCAGGGAAAGAUUCGUUUUCAGUUAGCCAUGUCGUAUCAGAAUAUUGUUGGUCGACAUUAGCUAAAUGAAUUAAAGUAGCCAUCCCAUCAGUGAAUAAAACAGAGCUACCAGUAGAUAGAUCUUUCCUCAUUUAUGGUUGACCAAUAAGUCGUAGGCCAUCAAUCUUCGAAUGUGCUUGGAGAAAGUUGAAUCUCAGAGAUAACUUUAACCUGAACUAUUUUUCUUUCCUUUGCAGAAACCUGGCGGAAUUAUUGCUCUUCUUGAUGAAGCAUGGUAUGACAAAAUGGCUUUUGGAAAAUAGAUCGUUUGAGUGAUUUUGGAAAUGGAAGUUUGGAGUUUUAGAAAAUUACAGUUCGGAUUUCUAGAUUGUAGCUGUUUUACUGGCUUUUAUCUUCUCUAAUUUCAGUAUGUUUCCAAAGUCAACACAUGAAACCUUUUCUCAGAAGCUUUAUCAGAUCUUCAAAGCGCACAAACGUUUCAUCAAACCAAAGCUAUCAAGGACUGAUUUUACAAUUGCCCAUUAUGCCGGAGAGGUAAGCUUUAAUACAGGAGUAAUUUCCAGAUGAUAGCCAAAAGGAAGUCUUUGAGUGUUCAUGUUUUCCUCUUUGUCAGGUUGUGUAUCAAUCAGAUCAGUUUCUUGACAAGAAUAAAGACUACAUUGUGCCAGAACACCAAGAUCUUUUAAGUGCUUCAAAAUGUGCUUUUGUCUCGGGCCUUUUCCCUCCUUUACGAGAAGAAGCAAGCAAGUCCUCCAAGUUUUCUUCCAUUGGUUCACGUUUUAAGGUAUUUAAUACUUAUUUCAGACAUUCACUUCGUAUCCUAUAUAUCCAGAAGUACGUUCCUUUGCUUAUCUUCUCGUUUGUCCAUCUCUUAUGCAGCUACAACUACAGACUCUGAUGGAGACAUUGAACUCGACAGAGCCUCAUUACAUUAGAUGUGUGAAACCCAACAAUCUUUUGAAGCCUUCCAUAUUUGAAAAUGUGAACAUCAUGCAACAACUGCGCUGUGGUGUGAGUACAUUAUUCAACGUUAUUCUGAUUUUCUCCUCACUUCUUUGAUAUGGUGUGCUUAUAUAUUUGAAAACUUGUCUAUCGAAUCUUAUCAAAUGUGAAAAUCAUUUAAAAUUUAUAUAGUACUUCUAGCUUCUUUCUAAUGCUUCGUCUUAGCCUAAGAACGUACAAUCAAAAUGAGUCCAUUUUCAACUCUGUCCUAUACAAUAUGUUCCCCCCAUCCAUAAUAAAGGAUAAUUGACACGUCAAACGUCAUUUUGGCCUGUCGGCAGAAAAAUAAAAUAAUUAAAGUUGAAUUUACCUUCUUUGUGUGACAUAGUUUCCUGCCAAGCUAACACUAAAGCGAACAUCCUGUAAUCUUUUUGUAUUAGCGACAUCUGAAAUUCCAUUAGAGCAUACUGAUGAUGCAUUAAAGGAUGAAAUUGGAUUUUUUGUAUGCAUGAAUAGUGAAAUCAUGUAUGAAGGAAUUAUGCCUAGAAAGAGGAAAUAAAUUGAAUGACAAAGGCAAACAAGUAAGAACAAAAUGUGUCACAUAAUACUUUCUAAUGUUUCCUGGAGCUCUGAUAUUUCUGUAGCUCCACUUUCAUUUUUUAUAUUGACCUUACUCUCUUUACAUCUCAAAUUUCUUCUUAGGGUGUUUUGGAGGCCAUAAGAAUUAGCUGUGCUGGAUAUCCAACACGCCGUACCUUUUAUGAGUUUUUGCAUCGCUUUGGCAUUCUUGCUGCGGAUGUUCUGGAAGGGAAGUAAGUAUAAUGGACAAAUAUUAUUAUUCAACUUAAUUAUCCACCAAGUUAUUGUAUUAUCGUACCUGUUACCUUCUGGGAAUUUCUUAGUCAAUUAUAUAAGAAAUUUUUGUCCCACUGAUAUGAUCUCCUGUGGCAGCUGCGAUGAAAAGGUUGCAUGUGAGAAGCUUUUACAAAAGAAGGGCUUGAAAGGAUUUCAGGUGACUCUUUAACAUAUUUAAUGGCUGAUGCAAUAUUAUACCUGUUAGUCAACUCCACUUGGAUUGACAUGAAGCAUUUCUUAAUAUUUUGGUUCUUGCUAAUUAUUAUCAUGCUAAUAGCAAUUCGUGUCACCUUAUUCGUAGAUAGGCAAAACUAAGGUCUUUCUAAGAGCCGGUCAGAUGGCUGAGUUGGAUGCUCGAAGGGCAGAAGUCCUUAGUAAUGCAGCAAAAGCUAUUCAACGCAAAAUCCGAACACAUGUUGCUCGGAAACAGUUCAUUGCAUUGCGGAAAGCAUGUGUCUUGGUGCAGUCAUUAUGGAGAGGUUAGUUCAUCCGUUGUGUGAAUGGAAUUUUCAUGCUAAUGUCAUUAUAUGCCUCAAAAAGCAAUAUUUUGCAUCCCUAAUAAUUUGGUUUCAGGAAAAUUGGCUUGUAAGCUUUAUCAAAGCAUGAGGAGGGAUGCUGCUUCAAUAAAAAUUCAGAAGAAUUUGCGAAGAUAUGAGGCUAAGAAAGCAUAUAAACAACUGAGGGUAUCGGCCCUGAUCCUGCAAAUAGGUUUGAGGGCGAUGUCUGCCCAUAAAAAUUUCAGAUUUAGAAAGGAAACAAAAGCAGCGACCGCUAUACAGGUAUAUCUUUUCGUCGUGCUGCAUCUCUUAAGUUACAAGCGCCUUGGGCACAAAGUUGACGGUACAUGCAGGCUAAAUGGCGUUGUCACAGAGCUUCCUCGGAGUAUAAGAAGCUGAAACUGGCAUCUAUUGUUUCUCAAACUCAUUGGAGGGGAAGAAUCGCAAGAAAAGAACUAAGGAAGCUGAAACUGGUUAGUAAUAAAGGGAGUGACCUUGUAUUAAGUAUUAUGAAAAUUUUGUGUAUGGGUAAUUGGAUGGCAGUUUCACACAGACUUAUAAAUAUUGAAUUCGAUCUGGAGAUUGUGUCAAUAAUGUAGAUAUUAAUUAGCACUUUUAUAGUUGCUCACUUUUAUGAUCUAGAUAUUGGUUUGCUCAUGUCAAUAGAGUUGUUAUCAACAUGAGAGGCCAGUUUUACCAGGAGGAAAUCAACGGCACCAUCACACUGCGUGACGAGUCCAAAUGGUUAUUGAAUUCUUUAUUAAAGUACGCUAACAUAGGUUCAUGCUAUUGGACUCAUCGGAAAUGGGUUUUGGUGAUCAAAUAUCUACUUUCAGUUGGUACAUGUGUAAGAAUAAUCAUUCCUGAAUUGUAAAAAGGAAAAAUUGACGCAAAUUAAAAGGGAAAAGUGAUACAAGUUAAUCAGUUUCUAGCAAGUGUAUAAAUAUUUGUUCUUUCCCUUCUUUAAAUGCUAGAAUCAGUAAAAAUAAGUAGAAGUUAUUCUGAACGGAAUAUAGUCGUAACUUCCUAUUUUGGGGGUUGUUGGGGUUUUUUAUGAAGCAGUUAGCUCAUUAUUCAGUUAAUCUAGAGACUUUAGCUUGAUCCUUGAGAAAUCAUCGAACAUCUCUUUAUCCGUUUGAACUUGAAGGUCAUGUUUCUCCGCUUAGGCGUGUUGAACUUUUAGUAAGACUCUUGCAAAAUUGGAAAGAACCUUUGGAAAUGGAAAAAAAUAUUCUGCACAAAUGUUGCUCAUGCCUGCUUUUCGGUUCCUUCUUCCAUAAUCCAAGCUCGACGAUGGAAUCAAAAUUCCUCCAUUAAUAGGCUCAGGAUUCCCCUUCGCUCGUUAUGGAUUGGUAACAAGAUAAUCUUUUUUUUAAUUUCCUCAUCUAAUUACUAAUAGUUUAUAGCUAGUCAGUAGGUUACUUCUUAGGGAUGCACGCAUCUUUGGUUUCACGACCAUGGCUUAUUGUGUGCAUGCCAACUUAACAUUUUAAAGUUCAUGAGUUUUUUUUCUCUCAGGCUGCUAGAGAAACAGGUGCACUGAAAGAAGCAAAGGACAAACUUGAAAAGAAGGUGGAAGAACUCACCUGGCGUUUGCAAUUGGAGAAACGAUUAAGGGUAUUCCGUUACACAAUAUCUUGAUGUUAAAUCUUUAUCAGUUUUCUCUUAAUCGUAGGGAAUCUGUAAAUACUGAUUUUUGGCGUGUAUUACUGUAGACUGACUUAGAGGAAGCAAAAGGACAAGAGGUGGCGAAGUUGCAACACUCUCUGCAAAAUAUGCAAAUCAAAGUCAAUGAGGCAAAUGCGAUGUUGGCCAAGGAACGAGAAGCUGCACAAAAUGCUAUCAAUAAUGCCCCCCAAAUUGUGAAAGAAACACAAAUUUUGGUGGAGGACACCAAAAGGGUGGAAAGUUUGCAAAGAGAUGUGGAGCAGUUGAAGGUGAUUUUUCGAAACAUCCUUGAGACCAAGUACUGUGCGUUAUAUCAUUAUUCACUUAUUUAAUUUUUAUUUUUUCGUUUAUUGGGGAUAAUAUUUUGGUGUUUAGUAAAGCUUAUUCUUCAUGGGAUGGCAUUGCUGAACCAUGGAAACUAAAAAUUUGUAACUCCUAAAUUGUGUGUAAUUGAAAGGAGCCCAAGACGAUAACGAGGUACGUAUGGUGGGUACCACAUCCAUCAUUCCCUCGCUAGAAUAAGUUCAAUUACCACUUUUCUUCUUGAGUUGAGCGCUUUUGCUAGGCAGCAAUGAGGUUCCCUAAUGAGGUUGCAUGCCAGGUGAGAUACAUUUCAUAAAGUCGAUCAUUUACAUCCUAAAGGGACUCAGAAUUUCAUCUCUGAUGAAACAUUAAAGGUUAACCAAUAUGUGAGAGAGAAAGAUGGGGAACUAAGUAUAACUACUGCGUUGUUAUUAUUUUUCCUGUAUGAAUGUAUGGAAUUAGAUGUCUCAGUCGUUAAAUGUCGUUAACCUGUUUGGGAUGUUUACAGGUCUCACUGCAGAAUGAAAAACAAAGAGCGGAUGAUUCUGAUAAGACGCUGACUAAAGCUCAAAAUGGAAUCAUAGAAAGAGAAGCCAAGAUUGAACAAAUAGAAAGAAAAGCCAUUGGUCUUCAGGAGUCAUUGAACAGGUAAUAUUUGCUUGUUAGUGAUUUACGAAGCUUUUAACUUGUUUUGACAGCAGGCACUUGUUUUUUUAGCUGUUAACAACCGAAGUGCAUGACGUUUCAUUUAGGCACACCAUCCUAGGGAUGAUUUGCAUUCAACUAUGACUGUGCUCGUAGUGUUGAAAUUUCUGAUCGACUGAUAAUGAGAUGCCUAGAAAGAGUUUUCCUCAAAUGAGAGAAAAUUUUGGUGGCAACCUUACUACUUUCGUUGUUCUCUCAAAUUUUUUCAUUCUUGGAUUCCUUCAACAAAUAUCGUGAAAUUAAUGAUCUGAUUUUGCCUGGUGAGGAAAAUGGCAUUCAUUCUUUAUCAACAUUCUUAGUUUCCGGUGAUUAUCCAUGUUUUUUCGGCAUAAAUUUUGAUUACUAAAUCCAGAUAUCAGAUCAUUUUCAAUAUGGUCUUCUACUUACGGGACUGUAAACUCCCAUCAUGUUGAUGGUUUAUUUUCCAUCUAUAUCUGGAAUAUAAUUUGUUAAUUUAUUAGAAUUUUAGGGAAGAAUCCAUCAUCAUGUCGUUGUUUGACAUUGUGAGUGAAUUGGUUGAUCCUGAGGAAUGAUAAAAGUUUAGAUGUUAUAAGAUAGGAUCAAUAUUUUAUCUGAAUAAUCUCUUGAUUACCUCUCUUUCUUAGAGAUUACUAAUAUAAUCUCUUGUUUUCUAACCAGACUAGAAGAGAAACUUGCAAACCUGGAAUCGGAAAAUAAAGUCUUCCGCCAGCAAGCUGUGUCUAUGGCUCCCAAUAAGUUUCUUUCUGGACGUUCUAGAUCAAUACUUCAGGUGCUUAGACCACGCCAGCGGAUGUCGGUCAGAAUUUUUGAACUUGUAAUCGUGAUGAUGUUCCUUUGUUGCUUGGCAGCGGAAUGUGGAGAAUGGUCACAUUGUAAAUACCGAUGCAAAGGCAACUCCGGUUAGUCAACACUGGGCUUUAUGACUUGCAGACAAAAGUGAUAUGAUUAUUGUUGUGUUCUGGAAGCAUCUGAAAAAUGUAAGUUUUAGGACUCGCAUGGAAUUGGAUCCACCCCGAAGGAACCUCCUGAGGCGGAGGACAGACCACAGAGAUCACUCAAUGAGAAACAACAGGUAAAACAUAGCCUCCUAUUUGGUUGUGAAGUUUCUCUGUUCCUUCAUCAUUAUGUUUAUUAUAUGUACUGAGGUGUAGUAUCUUUCAAAUUCUAUUGGUACCCAGGAGAAUCAAGACCUGUUGAUCAGAUGUAUUGCACAACAUUUAGGCUUCUCACAGGGAAGACCAAUCGCUGCCUGUAUCAUUUAUAAAUGCCUUCUUCAAUGGAGAUCCUUUGAAGUCGAGAGAACUAGUGUUUUUGAUCGUAUUAUUCAGGCGAUAGGCCAUGCAAUUGAGGUUUGUAUCUCAGGAUCUACCUUUUCAUUCUCUUUUGGAAACCAUAAGGCUCCUUUUAAUUUCCACUUAUUGCACUGAAGACUCAGGAGAACAAUGAUAUCUUAGCGUACUGGCUGUCAAAUGCUGCUACUUUGCUCUUGCUGCUGCAACAUACCCUGAAAGCAAGUGGUGCUGCAGGAAUGGCUCCACAACGCCGUCGAUCAUCAUCAGUGACUCUGUUUGGGAGAAUGACUCAAGUUAGAAUUCAUUGCGAUUGUAUACUAGUUUGUGCCCACAUUUGUAAUUCUUCGUGAUGGCUGCUGCAUCUUUAGAUCACUUAACACUCUUUUAUUCACUUUGGACUUAGAGUUUUAGGGGAGUAUCUCCGGAUGUGAACCUUUCUUUCUUAAAUGGGACCUUGGCUGGUGGAGUGGAUAUACGCCAAGUGGAAGCCAAGUAUCCUGCUCUGUUGUUCAAGCAGCAACUUACUGCUUAUGUGGAGAAAAUAUAUGGAAUGAUCCGGGACAAUCUGAAGAAAGAGAUUUCUCCUUUACUUGGCCUGUGUAUUCAGGUAAUCAAGAAAUUCUGAAAUGCACCUGUGUUUUAUUCUUUUGCCUAGCUAAGAGGGCAGUUUCCUCGCAUCUCUUGCACCUGUGGUCUUCUUAGCAUCAUUUUCUUGACUUGGCAAGAGGUUUGUUGGUGAAGGCAUUAACGUUUAUCGAACGGACAGGCACCAAGAACAUCACGGGCAAGUUUAGUAAAAGGUUCUGUUCGCUCACUUGCAAAUGUGACGACUCAGCAAGCUUUGAUCGCUCACUGGCAAGGGAUUGUGAGGAGUCUUUCAAGUUUUCUGGAAACACUCAAGUGUAACCAUGUCAGUAGUCUCUCCUCUUAUCUUUGCAUAGCUAUUUAUGCGAAGAAAGUGAAUAUAAUAAAUAAUUUCUUCAUGCCGUGAUCUUUCAAAUUUAUAAACUUGAGCUUGGAAGCCGUAUCUGAUGGUUUUCAUUUAUCUUCAUGCCAGGUUCCUCCCUUUUUAGUUAGAAAAGUGUUCACACAGAUAUUUUCAUUUAUCAAUGUGCAACUAUUCAAUAGGUACAUCUUUCCUACAACAGUUUUAACAUGAGAGCUAGCUGUGUUCAAGCAGUCACUCUGAUGCUCCUCUUUCCUUGACAACUAUAGCUUAUUGCUAAGGCGAGAAUGCUGCUCCUUCAGCAAUGGCGAAUAUGUCAAAGCAGGGCUAGCAGAAUUAGAGCAUUGGUGCUACAAAGCGACUGAUGAGGUACCUGGUUGAUAAGAUUGCUGAAUAUGAAUCUAUCUGAUGACAAUUAAAACACGUGGAUGGGGCUUUGAUUCUAUCUAUAUGAAUCUAUGAAUACGAUUUUUUUCAAGUUUGAAUAGCUAAAUGAGAGUUACCAUUAUGAAAGAUUGGAAAGUGUGAAUGAUACAAAAUCUAGAUACUUAUCGUAGCAUAUUAGUGGUAUGUUAGGAAUCUAUGAAUUGCUGGAUUUACUUUUUUAACAAAUUUUCUUGUCUCCUGAGCCAAGUGCAAAAUUGCAGUAUGCAGGUUCUGCAUGGGAUGAGCUGAGGCAUAUCAGGCAGGCUAUUGGUUUUCUGGUAAUCACUACCGCGGCUCUAUUCUGUACUUGAAAUACACUCUUUGACUUAACUGGGAUAGAUGGUAACCAUCAUAGUGGGCAGCGAAUUUUAUUGGAUUGUUGUCACCGGAUCAUGUGAUAGGACAGAACGAUGGGGACUCGAGACACAGGCGACUCUCCCUGACAACAUGGGUUACUGCUGGGUAGGAAAGUUACAGGGGAUGUUUGUCCUCCGAUUUUCUUUACCAUUUUUCCUUACCUGGUGCCAGGUUUCCCAAGGCAUCGUUGAGAUACGGAGACAUUUGGAACUAUGUUUUUCUUGAAUGCUGAAAAAAUUAGGAUCUGCCCGGUCGAAUCGUUGUUUCUGUGAGCACGGAUUUGCACAUUUCUGCUUCUGAACCUCCGUAAAACCUGUUGCCUUACUAGGUCAUCCACCAAAAGCCAAAGAAGACGCUGGAUGAAAUAAGUCACGACCUUUGCCCCGUGAGCGGACUCCUCCUUCUCCUCUCAUUGCUUCCGUGGGUUCUCUUCGCCUGAGCCAGCCCUUGCACCCUAACUACGCCCCGGUGGUCUGCAGGUCCUCAGCAUACAGCAGCUGUACCGGAUCAGCACAAUGUACUGGGACGACAAGUACGGAACCCAGAGCGUCUCCUCAGAUGUAAGACGAGUCGGACCCGCCUCUUCAUUUACACAAGGGUGUUUGCUGGUCUUCACGACUCCCUGACUUUGCUUAGACGUUCCCUCGUCCAUGGCACCCCUCCUAUUCUCCAGGUUAUAUCCAACAUGAGGAUUCUGAUGACCGAGGACUCGAACAAUGCCGUCAGCAACUCUUUCUUACUGGACGACGAUUCCAGGUAAGACCCUUUUAGUUUUUCUUUUUGACAUAACAUAUUAGCUCACUGGUUCGUUCCUCCUCCCCUGCCUGCAGCAUACCGUUUUCCGUGGACGAUUUUUCCAAGUCCAUAGAACAGGUUGAUAUCUCAGACGUAGAACCACCGCCUCUGAUCCGUGAGAACUCGGGCUUCGUGUUCUUGUUGCCUCACUCUGACUGA